AUGGCGAUUUGGGGAUACCUUGCUCAAAAUGAUGAAGUGAUCCUAUUUUGCAAUCCACCCCUGGGACUUGCACCAAGAGUCAGUGGAUUUUGGUCUACCUCGAACGUUAUUAUAAACUCUAGUGUUGUACUCGUUUACUUUGCUAUUAUCGGUUUUGUGUACAUUGAAGCCGGAAAAUCUAAUGCUAUAAAAGAGCAAGAAAAGGUAAUUCGGCGUCUGCAAGUCAUUGUUGUUGUCUUCAUCUUCUCUUGGUACACUGCAUUAUUUGGAGUUAACUUUGGUUACUUGUUAGGAUUUUCUCCUCUCAUUCUUUCAGUGUGGCAGAGCAACAUGGUGUUUCCUGCUUUGAUCUGCUAUUCGCAGACUUUCUACGUGUGCAUUUGGCGGUCAACUGAUUAUCGGGAAGCGUUCGUGGAGCAACUCCGGCUUAUGGCUGGCCAAUCAGCUGAAAAGAAGUUUGAUUCUCCGCCUUUGAGGUCUCAUGCACGUGUUGCGACUAUAUGA